GGUACAUGGGCUGCAAUGUUGAGGAGGAAAGAGCGGCGUUGCGAGUGGAGUACAAGAAAGCGCGUAAAGAAGCUAAGUUAGAGGUAACGAGGGCAAAGAAUGCCGCUUUUGAACGCCUCUACAAGGAUAUUGAGGAGAAAGGCAGUGGAUUGUGUUAAUCCACUGUUCCGGCUUGCUAAGGUGCGCGAGAGGAAGGCCCGUGAUCUAGACCACGUGAGAUGCGUGAAGGACAGCGAUGGUAGAGUGUUAGUUGAGACUGCCAAGGUGGCUAAGCGCUGGGGGAGUACUUUAGUGAACUCUUAAAUGCGGGAGGAGACCAGAGGCUAGUUCUUGAUGAGUUGGGACAUCCUGGGGCAUCUCGUGUGUAUUGCCGGCGCAUUUGCUUGGAAGAGGUGGUUCGGGCUCUCCGCGUGAUGCAUAAUGGGAGAGCUGUGGGACCAGAUGAGAUUCCAGUGGAGUUUUGGAAGCAUGCGGGUCGUGAUGCGUGGGUUUGGUUAACCAAACACUUCAAUGUUAUCCUCCGGACAGCAUGGAUGCCUGAUGAGUGGAGGGAGAGUCUCUUGGUCCCUCUGUUUAAAGGCAAAGGUGACAUUCAGAGCUGCGAGAAUUACAGAGGCAUCAAACUGCUUAGCCACACCAUGAAGGUUUGGGAGCGAGUUAUUGAGUAUAGGGUGCGGAAAGAGGUUUGCAUCUCGGAGAACCAACGGCGGGAUGCUGACGCCCCUGUACGGAGAUGCGAGAGGAUUACGGUUAUCGGGGGAAGUAGGGGAAGGGGUAGACCUAAGAAGAAUUGGGAGGAGGUGAUAAGACAGGAUUUAGGACUUCUCGACCUGACUGAGGAUAUGGCCCUAGAUAGGAACCUUUGGAGAACUAGGAUUAGAGUAGCUGGAUAGGAGCUCGGUGUUGUAGAGUAACCAAAUCAUGAUAAUUAUCCAUCUCUAAAUUAAAUCAAAUUGGAAAUCAAGGUAAUCACAUCACUCUUGACUAGUAAAUCAUGGUACCUAAUUCCUUCACUUGCACGUACUCAAAGCGGUAGAUGUCAUUCAAGAUUGGGACUGUGACUUGAUACAUAGCAAUUAGCAAUGCAUCUUCCUUCUUUCGUGCAAGCCGAAGGGGGUACAGACUGCGAACUGGGUACCCAAAAACUAACAAAUGAAUUAAAAGAGACUAAACAGAAGAAAAGACAAGUGAAACUUAAAUAAAACUAGUUUACUGAAUUGGAAAAGUGCCUUGGUAUCGGGGUUUUGGGCAUGUAAAAUCAUGUGAGAAAGUCAUGUGAAUCAUUAGAAAAGAUUGCUUUUUAAACAUGAAAGAAGCUUGGGCUGGUGGAAUUACCCACCAGGUUAUCCUUACAGUUUGUCUAGGCUUAAGACCAGCCCUAACCCUAGUCCUACCCACCAAGACAACCCCAAGACCAGCCCUAGAAUUUAAUUAAAGCAGGAGCAUUAAGAGCUAGACAACUAAACCCAAGGUAUCACUAUAACUCAACCAUCUAGAUUAUAUACUGACACCAUGUUAAAAGGCGAGAAAGUAGGAAUCAAGGAUCAAUUUGACUUGAACUAACCGUUGGGCACUAUUUCUGUCUCCCUUAGUAAAAUGUGCCCUCGGAAGAACAUAUUCUCAUUGAUAAUGAGGUCUACAUAGUUCAUUUGAUCCUAACAAACACAUGUAGUCUCAAUUAUCGUACAAAACGUACUCUUCUAACAUACGUCUUUCAGAUUAAAACAGAUUAAUUCCAUUUCUAGCUUCAACACAGAAUUCGACUCAUAGAAUUACGCCCAAAACCAAGGAAUACGCUACUACUCACUCAUCACAGUUUUACAAUCAGCAAAAUAACCAAAGAUUGAGCAUUUAAACUUCAUUCCAACCCUAAACAGAUGAUUAAUCUCAAUUAAUAUGAUCCAGAUGCAAUUCUCGCACAAAUAUGAUACUGUAAUAGCUAAGAUCCGAAACACACAACCCAAACAAAACGAAAAUUCAAAAUUGAGAGUGAGAAACAUGUAAUUUAACAUUCUAAACUUCAGGAACCAAAUUAUAAAGAUCUAAAAUACCUGUCAUGGAUUAUACCUUUGAAAACCAUAACUAUCAAGUUUCGGAGGUGGACCUCUUUGGAGGUAUGAUGCACGUCAGACGUUAGCUCUCGUCGCCCUCACUCGCCGGGAAGCGCAGGCGAUGGGGAGUUUUGUCACCGACGAAACCCUCGAGAUCGCUAUCUCUCCCUCUUCGUAUCAUCGCGAUUGGGUAUUGAGUAUGACCGACCUUAUCCCUUUUUAUCUCUUUUUAAUCUUCUUUAAUUUAACUUAAUUAAUUAAGGUCAUAUUC